CGGGCCGAGGUGGAGACUUACUGCAAACACAACUAUGAAGUCUCUGAGAACUUCCUGGUGCGGCGGCGAGCUGAGCCUAAGGUGACUGUGUACCCUUCAAAGACUGAGCCCCUGCAACACCACAACCUCCUGGUUUGCUCUGUGAGUGGUUUCUAUCCAGGACACAUUGAAGUCAAAUGGUUCCGGAAUGGCCAGGAAGAGGAGGCUGGGGUUGUGUCCACAGGCCUGGUCCGCAAUGGAGACUGGACCUUCCAGAUGCUGGUGAUGCUUGAAACCAUUCCUCAGAGUGGAGAGGUUUACUCCUGCCAAGUGGAGCACCCGAGCCUGGAGAGCCCUGUCACCGUGGAAUGGAGAGCACAAUCUGGAUCUGCACAGAGCAAGAUGCUGAGUGGCAUUGGGGGCUUUGUUCUGGGGGUGCUCUUCCUCGGGGCGGGGCUGUUCAUCCACUUCAGAAAUCAGAAAGGACACUCUGGACUUCAGCCAACAGGUAAUAUACUGCAAUCCUUUUUUUACCAUUACAUUUAG